CUUGCAUGUGACCGAUCCAGAAUUAGCGACUCCUACACCUAAACAGCCAUGUCACAGACUGCCAGGAAGAGGCGUGAAGAACUUCAUUACUACGCGGCUAUACUCAAAGCUUUAGAGUUUGAUAACAGCGAGACGAAAAGAAGCCAAAACAUCUCGGAAACACUUCUAAAACCUUAUAAAUCCUGGCCCCUGCUACCAGAGAUAUCCCAACAGCCCCCGUGGGCACUCCGAGACGCGAUAGAAGAUGUUGUGGCCCAGGUGAUUCCCAUUCGGGCGAGAAACCGUCACCUGUUGAUGAACGUGGGCGGAUCACUGAGGCGGUUGGGGACGCUAAUGAUGAAGAGGAGGCCGAUAGCAGCGAGAGUGAUGAAAACUCCGAUGACGAAGGCAAUGAAGGCGUUGAAGACGGACAGAAAAUCGGAGUCGAAGACGAAGGUGAAGAAAGCGAUGACUCCAAUGAAAGCCUUUCCAGAGUCCCUGCACCUUUUAUCGACGCUCUCACCUCUCAAGUGUCAGAUGUUUUGACUAGAACAUUUGCUUUGAUAACCUCCCACCGUCCCGCAUACUAUCGACACCUCAAACCAUUCGACGGGAGGGCGAUUCUUGAUAUGCUGACUGGAAGCAACAUUGUCAGUCCGACGUAUGUAGAAGAAACACGUAGGCGUUUGGAACAGAGAUUUCCUGAUGAUCCACGACGUCCGCCCCACCUCGGAGAAGGAUACCCAGAAAAUGGGCCCUUGUCAAAUCCUUCUGAAACUGCUAGUUCUCCGUCGGCCAGGAUCCCUAUGCCCCGUUCGGUUCGGGUGGAUGCCGCUUCGUGGGAUUUGUUCAAUAUCGUAGACGUUCACGUACGGGAAAAAAGAAGAGUAA